AUGGGUUCACACGGCAUAGCAAAGUGGCGUUGGUGGGUAGUGGUGGUGGCAUGGACAUGGGGUGCUGCCGCGCGCACUUUGUGUCCGGCGCGCUGUGCUUGCGACGACGCCUUACGUGCUGCUUCCUGCGCCAACGCCAGCUUAGAAAUAGUGCCUAUUCAGCUCAAUCCAGAAGCUACUCAUAUAAAUCUAACUCACAAUUCAAUCAGCAAUCUGCUCUAUACCUUUCCAUUUUACACUCAACUGACAGUUCUAGAUAUUUCCCACAACAAAAUUCCAGAUUUAGGUAGUAAAAAUUUUGAAAAUAAUAUCGAGAUGACUCAUCUGAAUUUGAGUCACAAUUUUCUCAAACGCCUGGACGUAGACACAUUCAUCGGAUUAAAAAAACUUUUUGAUCUGGAUUUGUCCCAUAACCAGAUAUUAAAUAUACAUGUAAAAAGUUUUAAAGACCUAUCUGCCCUAGAGAGACUGGAUUUAUCAAGCAAUAACUUGGUAAGUUUCGAAAUAGAAACAUUCGAACCCCUUUCAUCUUUAAAAAUACUGUCGCUUAAAAACAAUUCUAUUUUGGACAUACCAUCAACAAACCUUUUAUAUUUAGUCCACUUGGAAUAUUUAGACUUAUCUGAAAAUCUAAUUCAACGAGUACCUAAGCAGGGAGUACCAUAUUUGAAGGAAUUAAAACAUAUAGACCUUAAAAAUAACAUAAUAGAAAAUAUUGAUCAACUGGGAUUUCAAAAUUUGCCUUCAUUGCGACAUUUAGACCUUAGUGAUAAUAAUAUGACCUCUGUCCCCACAUCUGCGCUUUCGAAACUAUCCAACUUAUCUCAUUUAUAUUUAAGCGGAAACUUUUUUCAGAAUAUAACGACAUUGUCAUUUCAAAGUUUAUUCCAUUUAAAACAUUUGCAUUUAAGUAGACUUUUUGAUCUUGAGAAAUUUGAUUCUAGAGCAUUUGUUGAUAAUAUCAAUUUGCAAAAAAUUUGGAUGAAUGAGAAUAUUAAAGUCAGAGAAGUGCCACCAAGAUUAUUUCACGGAAAUCCAAAACUUACGCAUAUUUACAUGAAAAAUAAUGCGUUAGAAACACUUGAGGCUUCCCAUUUUCCUAUUGAUAGAUUACAAGAAUUAGAAAUUUCAGGUAAUCCCUUCGUUUGCAAUUGCUCCUUGCUUUGGUUAUGGAAAUUGGGUAGGGAAUGUGAAAUGAAUACGAAAAGAACUGAUAACAAUAGUGCCAUACUAAAAAUAGAUUAUGAAGAUGUUAAAUGUUCCGCUCCUGAACAUUUGAAAGGUGUUUUACUCGUGCCAAUCCCUGAAUCAGAAUUCGGGUGCUCAAACGGGUGGGUCAUUGUAGCAGUCGUUGUUAUGACUGUAAGUAUUAUUAUAAGUCUAGCUGGCGGAGGAUUGUAUUUUAUGGGGCCUUUGAAAAAAUGCAAAGGCGACAAGUCAAAGCAGGUAAUGACAAGUGUAAUGUUGAAUAGUGAUGUAACAAAACUUGGUAAUGGGUUAGGUUAUUCGACACGCAGCAGAGAAGCAGAAAACAAGAGAGAUGUCGAUCGAUAUUUAAUGAUCGGAUCAUCCGUUACAAAUAAUUUCCAUUCAUUGAAUCCAUCUUGGCAUAGCGUCGAUAAAAAUCCUUAUUACCAGGAGGAUAGUGAAGAACAUAUUUACCAACAGUUUGCCUAUGAAACCAUACCUCAUCAUAGAACUCCGGAGAAGCCACAUAUAGUGUACGUUUAA